AAGGGUAAAAAAUCCAAACAUUUGGGCUUUACCAGCAAACAGCAUGGAAUUCUACAGGAACUACCAAAUUCAUACCAAAGAUCAAAGCAGGCAGUUAGUUUCUGCUAUUCAUUCAAACAUAGGUGCAGUUUGGAACAAAAACAUUGAAGAGUUUUCAGGAACGUGCAAACCUUCCAGAUCAAGUGAGAAUGGGACUAAUUUCUUAUCAUCUUGUGAUGAUGGUCGUAAAUCAUUCACAAAGAGGACUUCGUUCAUGAUCAGUGAUAUUUUAUCGACAGAAAACAAAAGCAGAAAUGUUGAUUAUAAUUGCUCAGAUACAGCAUCGAAUGGAGAUUCAGAUGAGGAAUUGAACACUCCAGCCUCGAGGGGAUGCUCUACUUCAGAAGGUUACCUAAGACAUGAAAUGGUUACCAAAAUAAAGAAACCUCGUAAAGCCAGGACAGCUUUUACAGAUCAACAACUUAACAAUCUUGAAAAGCACUUUGCUCGACAAAAGUAUCUUAGCGUUCAAGACAGAAUGGAGUUAGCUGCCAAACUAGGACUUUCCGACACUCAAGUCAAAACUUGGUACCAAAAUAGAAGAACAAAAUGGAAACGUCAGACAUCAGUAAGUUUGGAAUUGCUUGCUGAGGCCAACCUAGCAAACGCUCAUAGAAUGAUGAAUCCAUACAUCAGUGUUUAUCCUGAUCAUCAAAACACUUUUACAGAAUUGUAUCACAGACAGACAGCUGGUCUUAUCGUACCAAGACCACUCUUAUCUUCAAUGUACAGUUAUUGACAGUAUAAAAUGUAUCAUGUGUAAUCUACAUUUUCUUGACAUUAUACUUUGUUUCAUUUGCACCUUUAAAUGAGUGAUACUUAUUGUACUGUAAUCAUUUAUAGCAAUAUAUUUUCUAAUGUGUCUAAAACUCAUUUCGUUGCUUGAUUCUAAUGUCAAUAAUAAACAUGUACAUGUAUACCGUAUAAUAAUCUAUUAAAUUUUAUACGAUAUUAUUUCAAUUCCACGUUCUAGAUUUUCGUUUUAUAAAAACAAUUGCAAUGUGUUUACGUUUUCAAACAAUAUAUUUACAUUAUCCAAUGUCAUUGUGAUAACACUACGAUUUCGUUUUUAAUGUAGAGUCAAUUCAUUUCAUUAAUGACUAAGUUAAUCUUAAUCGUACCAUUGCUAAAAAUU